AUGGCUGACCUGGAUGCGGAACUUCUUGCUCUCGCCGGAGGCGACUCCUCCGGUGAAGAGAGCAUGCCCUCUUCUCCCAAACAAAAGUCCCCUUCGCCACCACGCUCCAAGAAACAAGCAAGAGAAUCACCAUCCGCAGACAUGGCUCGCAAGGGUGUCGCAAAGGCCGUCAAGCGAGGCAAACGUCGUAAGACUUACUCGGACGAUGAAGAUGAAGUCUCUUCUCUCUCCCAACAGUCUGAGUCUGCAUCCAUGUCCCAGUCUGAUUCCGAGGCCGACUUCAACGCUGGCACAGACGACAAACCCAUCUUCCCGUACGAGAAACUCUAUUACGACGCUGAAGACAAAGCUAGGAUCGAAGCAAAGCCUGAAAUCGAACGAGAGGAGAUUUUGGCACAGCGCAGUGAACAGGUGGAGCGCCACGAACAAGAUCUCCAGCUACGUCGCCUUGUCGCCUCACGCGCUCGAGAAGAGGCCAAGAAUGCCGCAAAGAACAAGCGCAAGGCCAGCGCCGCAGAACUGGAGGACACCCAGCGAAAGAGCACUCGGCAGCGCACCAAAGUUGGUGGCGGUCGUGUCGGAGAAGCCAGCAGUGCCAUCGAAGCCUACAAGCGACAGCGAGAAGAAAAGAGUCUCCGCGAAGAACAGCGAAAGAGGGACGGUUUUGUGAGAAGAGCGGCAUCACCACGAGAUGAUUACAGCGACGCAGAUGCAGAGGGGGAGAGCGACAAUGACUACGACGACCGGAAGUUUAAGAGACGAACUCCCACGCCACCAAAAGACGAGCCUAUCGCUGAACUUGCCGACAUCCAGAGAGCCCGUGUUGGUCGUGACAACUUCGCCCAAGUCUGUUACACCCCUGGUUUUCAAGAUACCAUCACAGACUGCUAUGCCCGCGUUUGCCUUGGUCCUGGUCGUAAUCCUGGCGUGAACGAAUAUCGUCUCUGCUUGAUCAAGGGAUUCGCCACAGGCAAGCCAUACGCCAUGAUCGGAUCUAAUGGCAGACCUUUUCCAGUCGACAUGUACAUCGUUGCAGCGCACGGCAAAGCGGAGAGACCAUGGUCAUUCCUUGAAUGUUCCAUGUCCAAGUUCACCGACGACGAGUGGCGACGAUACCGAUCUGUCAUGGCUAAUGAAGACUGCAAGAUGCCUACUAGGGCCUUCAUCAAUUCCAAGCUCGAUCAAAUCAACCGACUGAUUAACCAUCGUUUCACCGAGGCUGAGAUUUCGCAAAAGAUCAAAGCCCAGAACGACCUCACUGAAAGGAUCACCCGAAGCCAAGAGAAGGAGGAUCUCAAGGCGAGAAUCGCUGAAGCUCGCGCCGACGGGAAGUAUGAUCUAGCCGAAGAAUUAGAGAAUCAGCUUGCAGCCAUCGUGCCCAUGAAACUGGCUUUCGGUACGAGCUUGACCAAACAAGAUACUGCCUACGUCAAUCCCGAACAGGAACGACUUGCAGAACUCAAUCGCCGCAAUCAGAGACUGAAUGCCGAGAAUGUUCGGAAAGCGCAACUUGCGGAGAUGAGAGCACGCAAGGCGAAGAAGACUCUUGCUCCGGGCGUGGACGAAUUGUUCGAGGGCGGAAGUGACAUCAGUCGUGCGAAUACACCGGUCAAUGGCAUGGGGACGCCGAAGCUUGCCGCAUCAGCAGGCAUUUCGCGAACCGCAUCACCCAAUCCGCUCUCGCUUGCUAAUGGAACUCCCCGGAAUGCAACGCCCGUCUCUUCCAGCACCCUGAAGCCUGUGGUUCUACAACAGCAGAAGAAGAACGGCCUGCCUACCAUUCGCAAGUCGGCAACGGAUGAUGAGAUUAUUGCUAGCAUGGAUUUGGGGAUUGACAUUGACAUUGACAUCUAA